GUGACUGUAGCAGCGUUUGUGUGUCCUGUAGAGCAGUACAGACAGUAUUGUUAUGCAGUCAAAAUAAUUAGAAAUUUCGUAAGCAAUUUGAGUAAUAGUCUAUAGACUUUGUACACAUGCAACAAACAGUUUUUGUAAUAGCAAGUGUAGCUGAAGCACAAGAACACCCGAGACAUUAGGAACAAUGCGCUGGAGUAAUUUACACCUUUACACAGGUGUCUGUUGAUUAGACCCAAGUCGGUCGGCGCUAUACUAACUCCGCUUUUCUUGGGAGUCCGCUCAGCAGCGACUUUUAAAGUUCACACGGAGUUUUGUGAACGAAGGUGGUGGAAUCUGAGAGUGAAGAUACGGCUCAAAGGGGAAAUAGGGUCUUUCAUCCAACAGGUGCAGCUAAUUAGCUUGAUAGAAAGAAACACCUUGAAUAAACUACACCGAUGAGCUAAUCUGGUCAUGGGAUCAACUUCAGGUCCUCAUGCCAUCGGAGAAGGCCUUUACUUCAGUGACGGCCGACGGAAAGUCGACUAUGUUCUGGUCUUUCAUCAGCGACGGCACACCUCCAUACGAUCUCCUGCUAGUGCCUCCGUUUCACAAGACCGGUUAUCUAUUGUUUCUAAUGGCAACUUUCCUUCAAUGGCGGCCUCAGAUGUGGCACCUGGUGGAGGUGGUGGUGGUGGUGGAGGCGGUGGCGGCAUUCCAGGAGGGGAGGGUGCAGGCGCCAGUGAGGUGUUCAUGGAGCUUGGAGGAGCAGGAGAUGGCGAGCCAAUGGAGCCCGGUGACCAUGAGAUGCGUCUAAUCAGGCAGGAGUUUGAGGCUAACCUAAUAGAGGCUGGUUUGGAGAUUGAGAGAGACAGAGAGUUAAAGAGCCAUGGCCCCAGCUUUACCAGAGUCCACGCACCAUGGCCAGUAUUAUGUCGAGAGGCCGAGUUUCUCAAGAUUAGAGUCCCCACCAAGACGAGUUAUGAGCUCAAAGAGGAAACUGGAUUCGGCUCCAGUAUGAGCACAGUGUGGAGAACGCUGACCAAGCCUUUCCAGCCUAAAGUACCACAUCAAGAUCAUGGACGCACCAAAUUUCUUUCACACUGCUUCUCCAGGGACAAGCUACACUUGUACAACAUCACAUCUAAAGACACUUUCUUUGACAAUGCUACAAGGGGCAGAAUAGUUUAUGAGAUCCUGAGACGGACGGUGUGUGCACGAACCUGUCAAACCAUAGGCAUCAGCACAUUGAUAGCUAAAGGCGUGUAUGACGCUGCCUUCCCUCUUCACGAUGGUGACUACAAGGUCAUCGGACACCUGGAGGAGAGGAACGACAGACAGGUUCUGCAUGAAGAGUGGGCUAGAUACUCAGCCUUUUACAAGUACCAACCCAUUGAUCUAGUCAGGAAGUACUUUGGCGAGAAGAUCGGCCUUUACUUUGCAUGGCUCGGCGUGUACACCCAGCUGCUUGUACCAGCUUCCAUAGUGGGUAUCAUUGUGUUUGGCUAUGGAGUGGCGACAAUGGACACUAAUAUACCAAGUCUGGAGAUGUGUGACCAGCGUCUCAAUUUCACCAUGUGUCCUCUGUGUGACCAAGCAUGUGACUUCUGGCAUCUCAGCACUGCCUGUGGAACCGCCAAAGCUUCACACCUCUUCGAUAACCCUGCUACUGUCUUCUUUGCCAUCUUCAUGUCUCUAUGGGCGGUGCUAUUUCUGGAACAGUGGAAGCGACGUCAGAUCAGUCUGAGCUUCAGCUGGGACUUGACAGGCAUUGAGGAGGACGAGGAACACCCCAGGCCAAGAUACGAGACCAUCCUGCUGCAGAAAAGACAGAAGAAGCAGAACAAUAAGAAAAAGAAGAAGAAAAAGAAUGAGCCAGCAAAGCAGGAGGACGGGACAGUGACAGGGAAGGACAGAUGGAGACAAAAACUACUGUCAGCCAUGUCUGCAGGAAUACCGUCUCCUAUAGAGAAGCUGACCUGGAAAGAUCGCCUUCCUGGAUACUUGAUCAAUGUAUCCUCUAUCCUCUUCAUGUUUGCGCUGACAUUUUCUGCAGUUUUCGGCGUCAUCAUUUACCGCAUCACAGUCUCUGCGAUCAUGGCGAUGAGCCCUGACCCGGAGAUCAGGCACAAUGUUCGGGUGACAGUCACUGCCACUGCAGUCAUCAUCAACCUCGUGGUUAUCUUGAUUCUGGAUGAAAUCUACGGUGCUGUGGCAGUGUGGUUAACUGAGCUAGAGAUUCCUAAAACAGAAACCAACUUUGAAGAACGGCUCAUCCUGAAAGCCUUCUUACUCAAGUUUAUGAACGCAUAUGCUCCCAUCUUUUACGUGGCUUUCUUCAAGGGACGGUUUGCAGGACGCCCGGGAAAUUAUGUGUAUGUGUUUAAUGAUUUUCGGAUGGAGGAGUGUGCUCCAGGAGGGUGCCUCAUUGAGUUGUGCAUUCAGCUCAGCAUCAUCAUGUUGGGGAAGCAACUAAUCCAGAACAACAUCUUUGAGAUUGGCAUCCCGAAAUUGAAGAAAUUGGUUCGUACAUUAAAGGAAAAAGAAACGACAACAAAGGUGAGGGAGGAAGAGAAGCCACCUCAGCAGUGGAACCUGGACUAUGCCCUGGCUCCCUUUGAAGGCCUCACUCCAGAAUACAUGGAGAUGAUCAUCCAGUUUGGUUUCGUCUCUCUGUUCGUGGCUUCUUUCCCGCUGGCUCCUCUCUUUGCUCUGCUGAACAAUAUCAUUGAGAUCAGAUUGGAUGCCAAGAAGUUUGUUACAGAGCUGCGCAGGCCAGUCGCAGCACGAGCUAAAGACAUUGGCAUUUGGUACAAUGUACUAAGCGGAAUGGGCAAGUUCUCAGUCAUUAUAAAUGCCUUUGUGAUCUCCUUUACGUCAGACUUCAUCCCUAGGCUCGUCUACGAGUACAUGUACAGUCCGACGGGCACCAUGCACGGCUUCAUUGACCACACGCUGUCCUACUUCAACGUGUCCGAUUUAAAACCUGGCACAGCACCACAGAACUCUGAGCUUGGAAACAUAACUUUAUGCCGGUAUAAAGACUACAGGGAACCCCCAUGGUCUCCAGACGCGUACCAGUUCUCCAAACAGUACUGGUGUGUCCUGGCUGCAAGGCUUGCCUUCGUCAUUCUGUUCCAGAACCUGGUGAUGUUCCUCAGCCUCGUGGUUGCCUGGGUGAUUCCUGAUGUUCCCAAAACCAUCGUGGAGCAGCUCAAAAGGGAAAAGAAGCUCCUGGUUGAUGUCUUUUUACAGGAGGAGAAGGAGAAAUUACAACUCAUCCAGAGCCUGUUUGCAAAGGAUGCCACCCUCCACCCCAGCGGCAACACGCUCCCCCCAGGGCAGGAUCUGCCGAUCCCGGGCCGCUACAGUACUUUACCAUCGGGGCCCACAGCUGGAGAUGGAGGAGGAGGGCCGAGGGCAAGAUGCAGGGCAGCCAGUUUCAGCCAGUUCAACAGGAAUAUUGCCUCCUCGCCCAUGAAGGAAAACGAGAAUUCAAAACACACAGCGGUGUGAGAUGAAACACACAUUACGGGGGUGCUUCAGCUGGUUCUAUGGAUUGUCACUCGGGUGACUGAGUCCAUGUAUGUCUUUUCUGUGUCUUUUGUGUCCCGGUAUGUGUGGCUUACCUUUUGAACAUAAAGUUUAAAUUCUCUGAUAUGUGAGUGGUUGACUCUGCAAUGUUCACAUUGAUUGACUACGUGGGUGUGAGCGUGUGUGUGUGUAUGUAUGUGUUGUUCCUACUCUCACUGACUGUUCACCUGAAAGAGUUGUCGUUUUUACUUUUUGGUCAAAAUAGUGAGGCAUACUAGCUUCAUAGCGUAGAGAAGCAAUAAUCAUCAUGUUAGGUUAAACAACUAAAUGUUGCAGGAACCUGGAAGAGACUGGAGAUGAAGAGAGGACUAUGAACUAAUGGGUAGUCUUAAUAAGCAUUUAACCAACAUGAUUAAACUGACGGACAUUGUGGCUCCUCAGUAGGGCUGUCAAUAGUUUCCUGCUUUAUGUGCUUAUGCUAUUCAUGUAUUUUUGUUUACAGAAUUUGUAGCAGUUGAAAAAUACCACAUUUUCUGUACUCUUCUCUUUAGAAUUCAGGAAUACACUUUGAACCCUUUUUUUCAUAAUUCACUAAAAUUGCCACUAAAGACUCAGCUGCUGGUCAUUGUUUCUCUUUACCGUACCCUGAGUUUAAAAUGAUGGAAAAAUGCUAAUGUGACAAACCAUUUGUAUGGCACUCAUUUCAGUUGAAGCUGUCGUGACAACUUUCAGCUGACUGUUGAAUGACUUUAAUAACUUGUGAAUGCAAAGGAAAAGCCAUCUCUUUUAUAGACUGAGUCAGGUGAAAAGGAUCACAUUGUGUCUUAUUGACAGCGAAUCAAAAAGCAUUAGCUGUCCUUUAUUAUAAAAUACCUGACAGUGUACCUUGACAUUCCUUAAGGUAAGUAAUCAAUCUGAGCCCCUUCUGCUUAAACUGAAGACCUUAACGUGGACCUAACAUCCCCAUUUAAUGGAAAUCUUCAGCUUGACACACAAACAGAUUUCUUUGAUUGCGGUUAAAUCACGUUUUGUUUUUUAAUUAGCUUGUUAGCUAGCUAAUAUGUAAAAUGUUAACCCCUAAGGUCCCUGUAUUAUGAAGGCAGUUCCAUUCUCACAGUUACAUGCAAUGGUAACUUAUGUUGUAACUUAUGCAGCAGACCUAAUCUGCUGCGGCGCAGAUUAUACUCAAGAUUAAAUAUGAACUGCCUGCUGACCAAUCAGUUCUCUGGAAAAUAAUAUCCCUCUGACUUUGGCAGGAAACUGUUUUACAACAAAUUACUCUACUUCUUUUAAAACAGGGCACUCAUUCGUGUUUGUAGACCUAAUAUCAAAUUGGCGUGUACCUUUGAAUUUUGUUUUUAUAUUUAUUCUAUUUACUCAUUCAAAUAGCAACAUGACUGCAACUGAAAUAAUGAAAACUGAAAUUUUCUGAUGCACUUUCAGACCAAUAGAGCGGUGAUAUUGGUAAGCCUGUUAACUUAUUCCAUACAAUCAGCAUUUUUGCUAGCUUUCCUUAUUGACUUUAAAUAUGCCCAAUUUUAUUAACAUAAAAGGUAUUCACAGAUUUUACUGACCAAAGCAAUUCAAAAAGAGACACAUUUAUACGGCGGUUUUCCCCUCUCAGUCAUUCUCUCACUGUUGUAUUAUUCUAAUAUGAUAGUUAUGUCUUCCAGAUGCUCUGCUGCCAGUAGAAUUUUCCAUGUUUGUGAUUGGUCAGAUGAUGCCAGCACCAACCUUUUCAUGUGAAUGUGCUCUUAGCCAGAUUGAUGAACCCUGGGUUAAAAUAUCCUGACAUCCCAGGUACAUCAAACUUGCUUUGUAGUAAAGACCCCAGGUCUGUUGGUGUGUAGUAGUGUGUAGUUAAAUGACAUACAGAUUAAAACAGCUUUUGCAUGUUAUUCGAAAAUUAAAUUCUAAGAAAUGUAAGCUGUGAUCAUAUUGUAGCUAAUGUACAUGAAAUGGCAUAAAACAGCUUCUCAGCAGGCAGUUCCUUGGCAGUCAUUGAUCUUCUCUUGGAAGUCGAUGUUCAUCGAUGUACCUACUGAAACAGUCCAUAGCUAUGUAGCCUACAAAUGUUAAUUUAACAGAUGGUCUCCAAACAAGCCCACUUGUUGAUGGUGUAGAAUUUGUGAUUUUAGAAAAUUUGUCCCUUUAUAACAUCCAGUAUCUGGCAAGACCUUAAGCUGUUAAGCUACUUUCUUUUAUUCAGACAAUGUUAAUGUGAUGUGCAUAUCAUACUGGAGUAAAUAAGUUCCCAUCAUGAAUUAGCGCUCAGUCAUAACCAAAUCUGAGAAGGCUGAAUUUGCAAAGAGGUGUUAAAAUUAAAUCGACAAAGGUACACUGAACACAACAUUUUUAAACAUCACACAUCCAUAUCAGCAUUAUUGCUAUCUGAUAUUACAACAGUUAAUACUGUUGUCAGCAAACAAUUUGAGUGUGCAAAAAAUGCAGCUAAGAUUAGUUUUUAUUUGGAUUUCUUCAUGUUUAGCCUUUAGGACCCUAAUGGAUGACAAGCCAGCUGUUAUCCAAUAAAGGCAAGUAUCAGUGAGAGAGGCUGAUGACAGACCUACAAAAGUCCUGUGCCCUAUAGAUGAAAAAUGUAAAGGCUAUGGUUAGUGGAGUUUUUUUGUUUUGUUUUUUUAAACAUGUUUUUUUUUUUUUUUUUUUUUUUUAAAGGGUGAAUGCAUCAUGUACUGUAGUCUGAAUACUUUCAGUAUUGAUGAAUCCCCGCAAGACUGCAUCUUCUUUUUAAAUUCUUGAAUUGAUGAAGCUUAUUAGCUUAGCUUGGUAACUUAUUUGUUACCACCUAUGAAAUUCAGCUCCUGUACACUUGGUGCUGUGUUCAUCCUACAUUACAGAAGGAGGUCUGUCAUGAGGUAUGUUAAAUAUCUAUUUUGUCACAGUAAUUGUGAUCAGUCUGUGUUUCAUAAAAUGAAAUAGACUUGGUAUUUCCAGUAGGAGUAGACCCACAAGCUACUAUAAACUAUUUGUAGGUGUCACGAGAUAUUAGACUGCUCAAUUAACCAAAACUGCUUCAAUUCAUGCCCUCUUGGAAAAAAAUAAUACGGAGGGAAAGUGUUGUUAAUUUUAAUCUUCACAUAUUUAACAGUGUGGAAGAAUCACUCCUGCUGCUAAUGUGUAUUGCUGGCCAACUGCAUAUUGUAUACUUUUCAAGGAUGUGUGAUGGGACAGCGAAUCUUCACUGGAAUGAAAGGGCACUUUCUUGACACUCGAUAUCUAUUUCUUGUAAUAAUGUUAAUAUGCCGACAUGCUGUAAACCUUCAGUGCUGUUUCAGAGGCCUUGUAACUGCUCUUUACUUUGCAUUUGUCACAUCAUCUGCCCAUCUAAUACUCAGUGACAGACUGUUAACUUUAUUUGUAUCGAAUUUAGGAAGUUGUAAUUAAGAUCUAUUUGUUAAACGACUUUGUUGUUCAAAAAUGUUGGUCCUACCUUAAGAUGGUGUACAAAUUCCUAAAUACAGAAUUGUUAGAUGGAUUGGUUCUUCA